UUCGGUUGGAAAAUCCGCGUCGCUCUGCCAAACGGUUCUGAACUAGGUGUUAGGCAUACACACAGUGUUGCACAUAGACAUACAUUGGUUUACGGGGUUAAUUCUGGUAAUCUGUGGGAUAGACUGUGCUGGAAGUGUUCCUCGGACCUUCCACUGCCAGAGUUGUUGGUGGUGACGCAGCAGGUUGCGAAUUCUAGCAGAGUUUCGAAUCUUGGCAUCGUGUGGAUUGUGAGUUGGAAAUUCAAUGCAUCUACUAGUGGUGUAGGAGAAGUUGGAGUUCAGAUAGUGGAUUUCAUAGCUUGCACCCCAUGGCGAAGGAAGUUGUAUUACGGGCUAUUUUGAUGAGCGGUGCCUCUAUGUAGAAAAAUAAGGAAGUACAUAAUAAAGUAUAAAUAGAGCAGUGAAAAAUUUCUGUAGAGCUUGCCGACUCCGAAGCUAUUUAUGUUUGCACUUAUUAUGGAGAAGAAAUAGUGUAGUAGUGCAGAUUUCACCAGGCUGGAUGUCAGUGAGAUUGAAAUAGAAAGAGGAAACUCAACGAGGGAGUGAAAAUUAAGGAUAAUAUCCAUGCAAAGCGCUUCGAUGAUGCUGAAAAUAAUUUAAUUGUGAGAUGUAAGAUCAAACGGUGAUAGAAGUGUAGAUUCGUGAAGAAUUCCAAUUAUAUCAAAACGUUUUCAGACGAGAGCAUAAUCAAACAGUGAAUCGAAAUUAUUAAUUCUGUUACGCUAUUGCUGAUGAUAUUACAUUAAACCGAACCUAAGAAAAACGAAUGCUCAUUAGCGACACGUGUUUCAGGACACACACAAGGAGAAAAGUUACCAGUGAAGGAAAUUGAAUUUGGAAUCGACCAACUGUAGGUUGGUGCUCUGCUCCGUUGGUGAAUCAAUUUCGCAGUUGGACGUCAUAAAUUUAGAUUUCUCAGACUCAGCAUCAAAAGAUGCUCCAGGUGUGAUGCAAUCUUCAUCUGGCAUGAUUAUCAGUGAAGGAAAAACGCAACCCGGCCAAGCGGAAAUGUAGAGGAAAAACGCAAUCAGCAGCUCAACUACACCGCUUCUUUUCGAUGACUUGCUCACCUGCCCUGCAGCGAAUUCAUUCAAGGAACGCGUAACAAGCUUUCUUCGAGUGAAAUAACAUCUUUCCUGAAGUGGUCUUUGUUGCAUCGCAUCGGUAGUGCUCCGACCACAACCUCGGCCGAACAUAAAAAGCAAAAGUAAAAUUAAAGCACAAAAGCAAGAUUUCCGCCUGUUGAACAGUUGCCGUGGAGGAUUUGCAGGGUUGGAACUCGAAGACGUCAAGGAAAGUCCCUGUCGGUGGCAGUGAAUUCAACCAAAGUGUGUAUGUUUGUGUGUGAGUGGGAAUAACCACAAGGCGUUUCAACAGUGCCAUCGGGGGCGCGUGUCAAAUGUGAGGAAAACGAGGUCUUGGGAAAAGUAGAUCGGUAGAACCAUGGCCGCUGUAAUCGAGGAAGCCGUCUUCAAUGCACUGAGAGGGCAUCACAACGAGAAGACGAAGCUACCGUCUCCUCGCAUUAUCAAGAUUUAUGUUGCCAGCUUAAAGGAAGACUUCAAAGAGGAACGACGGUUGCUGCUCGAAGUGAUUGGACCCGAUUUACAGUCGGCUUACGAUGAUCGACAAAUUGAGGUUGAGCUUGUGGACAUCCAUUUUGGAACGGGUAGCGGCUGUUCGGUGGUGGACUUGGAUCCAUAUGUGCUGGAUGAUCACCUAUACGAAAUCGAAACGUGCCAUCGAGUUUCCAAAAGUGUAUUUUUAAUUAUAUUGUUAGGAUCACGUUUGGGCAAUUUUUUGCUCCCAACGAAGCUAGAUUCAGAAAUUUUUACGGCAAUCAGCAAGCGCACGACGGCGGACGAGUGCGAGUGCCUCAGGAAAUGGUACCAGGAGGAUUCGGCCACGGGGAAGUUCGUGCUACGGACGCAAUUUAGGACAAAAGAACGUCAGGAGUGGAUUACGGAAAGUCGGCAGCUGGGCGAUAUUCUUGAGAACAAAAUCGACGAGAUUCUGAAGGCAUUCCAGGAUGGUGGUGGAGGUGCUGACGAAGGAGGAGGAGGGAGUGGUGAACUGCUAGAUGGAGUCAAGUUAAUCGAUAGCGAACAGUUCUGUGAUAAACUUAAACGACUGAAAACCAGAGCCCUCGAGCUGGAGAUCCAGAAGGGAUUGGCCUGCUCGAAGGAAAACGUUUUGGCAAUUUUUCGCCAGUGGGAUGCGGAUAACGGAAAUGGCCCCAGCGAUGAGAGCCGAGUGGAACAAAUAAAAUCAUCUCUUAUGGAAGCAAUACCUCCCGACAAUCAAGAAACGUUAACGGCACCUUGGACAGAAAGAGGUAUCGAUCCAGAGCUGGACAGCCACGAGAGCUACCUGACUAACUUCAAGGAACAAAUCUACGAUAAGCUGAAAAACGCCAUGGACAAAAGCUUGGCAAAAGACCCAAAUGGGGGCAAGGGCCGGAAGAAAACCGUACAGGAAAUAUUUCACGAACAUUCCACCCACCUAAUGUACUUGAAUGAGCAUCUCAGUGCCGGCAAAUACAUAUCAUCUAAAAUCCCGGACCGGAUACGACAGAAUGUUCAACUGAACUACCGCUCUGGCAGCCGGCACCCACCGUACUUCAUCUACGGUGGACACGGCAGCGGCAAAAGCACACUCCUAUCGCACAUCUACUCGCAACUAACGGGCUGGUUCGAGCACAUUAAAGUGCAUCGUGUGAUCCGGUAUGCAGCAGCCACCCCCCGAUCAGCCUACAACCUGGAAUUGUUGAGAGUAAUCUGUCAACAGCUGGCAAUCAUUCUCAAUAUACCGGAAGGCUAUUUGCCCAAGGAUGCCUCGUUUGAUCCGCUUUACAUAAAUAAUUGGUUUCAGAAUCUAUUGAAACACUGCGAAGACUUGCACAACGAGAUAUUGUUUCUCUUCAUCGAUGACUUGCACAGGUUGAACCCAUUGGAUUGUGACAUUGUGGCAGCCCUCUCAUGGCUUCCAAUCAGCCUACCGUGGAACGUAUUCCUGGUACUUUCGACCACUGUGCCGAUCGAGUCGCUUAAACUCACGCCGAUGCAGAAGGAACGCUUUAAAAAUUCCGAUUACUUAUUCGAUCUCUCGUUGGAACAGAAUGAAACAGUCGUACGGAGAGAGGAUAAUUCAGAGUCCUUUGAACAAUACAUGAAUAACAUAUUCGACAUGAUGGAGCAGCGCUUUGGAGUCAAAGGCUUCAGCAAACUGGCAAUCUACAUUACGUGCUCCGAGUAUGGUUUGACCGAGACCGAGUUUCUAGAGCUCUUGAUGCCUAUCCAGGACUCAGAGGCACUCAUCGAUUCGAGGGAGGGUGGUUUCAAUUUCUCCACAUUCCAAACCGCCCGAAAUGCGAUGAGAGCCCUUCUGCGGGAGAAACUAAUGUCCGGAAAGUUGCUCAUCGUUUGGCGGCACAGUCUCUGCUCGGAUAUCACCAAAGUGCGCUACAUGACACCGGAAAUCUCCCGGACGGUCCAUUCGGAAAUUGUGAAUUUGUUUUUCCCACCAGAUAGCGAAGAGAGUGACGAGAUUUCCAGUGCACAAAACAGCAGAAAAUCCAGUAUCCAAACGCAACACGACGAUAACGUGACGCAAAUCAUUACGUUGGGACCGGACAUCUCCUACAGCAUACGGCACGUUGAGGAAUCCUGGCAUCAUCUAAUUAAAUCCGAUGAUACGAAAAAACUCAAAGAGAUUGCGGUGUGCAAUUUCGACUUUCUGCUGGCGGCGGUACAAACGGUGUCAAUUAGCUAUCUGAGAUGUUUAAUAGAGCACGUGCGAUGUUACAUUUUGGAUCGAGAUAUCGAGCUGGUAUACUAUACAAUUCGGAAGUCGAGCGAUGUACUCACCAGAGAUCCAAUGCAGCUAGGAGCUCAGCUGAUAUCCUGGCUCAAAUCAGUGGCAGCCCACGAAGGCCCUCAGGCGUUGCUGAGCGUGACAGUUCAAUCAGCGACGGCAUGGUGCGAUGGCUACACGGUCCCGCUACUGGUGCCCCUCACGGGUUGGCUCCCGGUGCCGCUUCCAUCCCAGAUACGAUGCAUGGCCGUUCCAGGCAUGGGACCGGUACGCUACAUAGAGGUUUCACCCUCGAAGCAACAUCUAAUCCUCUCGCCAAAGGUGGGCGACCCCCAGCUAUGGCACAUAAUGAGCAACAGUUUGGUUCACACAUUCAAGGGUCACAGCGGUCCAGUUACGUAUAUGAAGGUACAAUCGCAGUACCUGCUCACCGCAUCCGAGGACACAUCUGUUAUCGUAUGGGACAUGCAAACACUGGGGAUGAAGUUGAGAUUAUGCGAACACAUAGCCCCGGUAACGUGCUGUACGUUGGCAUUGGAUAAUAAGUACAUUAUCAGCAGCAGCGAGGACUCCAGCAUCAUCGUAGCCCUGUUUGACUGUGGGAAGGUGAUCACAAAAAUCGACCAUCACCGGGGUCCGGUCACGGCCAUCCACGUGGCCAUGCCAAGCGAGGUGCUGGUUUCUUCCAGCCACGAUGCCACAGUGUGUUUAUGGUCCCUGGACAAUUUCACCCUACUGAACUGCAUCCAGUUAGCUCAUCCGGUGCUUAACUUUCAAAUAUCCUGUGAUUCGAUAUUUCUACUGGCGUAUUGUGAUGACAAUGGUCUUUACCUGCGAGCUCUCGCAACGGGCACCGAGCUGCACGCUUUAAAAGGACACAAAUCGAAGGUCCGAGCUCUUUGCAUUGCCAUGGACAGCCAACGGGCCAUCGUGGGAGGUGAGGAUACCCGUGCCCUGAUCUUCGACAUGCACUCCGGCCGAGUGAUUCGGUCACUUCCCCCCAAUCCUGGUCCGGUAUCUGCGGUAUACGUAAUGGCAAAGGACGACUAUCUCAUAACAGCCGGUGGCAACAAAAUCACCUUCUAUUCAUUCCGUAACGAGGACUCGCUAAUCAACUACUUCCCCAAAAAGAAGAAAACCUUGAAGAAAAUUGCCAAAAGUCGCAUCGCUCUGGCAGCUACAGCAAGUCCUGUGAUUUGUUUCGAUAUUUCUAGAGAUUCAACCAUGGCAGCCGUAGCGUCUAGUCGAUGCAUUCAAAUUUGGCAAUUGAAUACCCCGGAAUUGACAGCUAUCCUCGAGGGGCACAGUGCAACGGUGACAUGUGUGAGCUUCGCACCGAACUGUGAGUUUGUUGCGUCUGGAUCGGAAGAUAAGACUGUGAAUGUUUGGAGUUUGGCACUGGGAACGGUUACGGUGACAUUCAAGGGUCACAAUACGUUCAUCACUUCGGUUACGUUCUUGAUGGAUUCGCGUCGAAUUAUUUCAGCUGAUCGAGAAAGCAGUCUGUUCGUCUGGAUGGCUGACUCUGGUACUGUACUGCAAAGUGUUCAAGGACCUUUCAAAUGUCUAGCAGUCACAAAUAAUAUGAAGUUUGCGGUUUGUACCAACGGAGACACGAGUUUACGGAUAUGGUCCCUCACGAGAGAAGACGAAAAGUUCUUAGUCUCGCACUCAGGGGAGAUCACUUGUUUCAUAAUCACAGCUGAUUCGUUGUACUUGAUAUCCGGUUCGAAGGAUAUGUCACUUAAAGUGUGGCAAGCCUCUGGUGGAAAACUAGCCCAGGUAUUGGUAGGUCACACAGAUGCAGUUACUUGCGUAGCAGUUUCUGUUACCAAUAAGAGUCAAGUCAUAUCCGGAUCCAAGGAUUCCAACUUAAUAAUAUGGGAUAUUCAUACGGGUGAAGAGAUUCAUACGCUCGCUGGUCAUCUAGCGCCAGUUACCUGCGUUAAAGUCUCAGCAGACGGAACAACCGCCGUUUCAGGAAGUGACGACAAAACGUUGAUCGUUUGGGAGAUAAAACGUGGGCUUGCUCUAACAUCUCUCCAGAUUCAUGUUCAAUUCUCCCGUUUUGAUAUAAGUAUGGAGUGUUCCAGGAUCGUAGUUCAAUUAGUAGACAGUUCCUGUCUUCCCAUCAUUUGCCUGCAUAACUCUCCUGCUUCGUAUAUCAAGCUUCCCACUUACUCUGCUCCAGCACGAGACGUCGAAGAUCUGCGACCCGCUGGCCCGAAACGACCAGCACGAAGAUUGCUGAAAAAGGAAGUGUCUCUCGAUACCUACACCUGGCAAAAGAAGUAUGCACACCUGACUUCAUCGGUCAUGAUGGCUCAGGUAGACGAAAGACUGAAACGCCGCUUCUCAGUAUCGGCAAGCAUGGAGGAAAUCUCAAAACUGGCAGAAACCAAGACGAUGGAGUCACAGCAAAACAUAGGCCCCGAACAGGCUGCACUGGCUCAAUCGCAGCACUUUGAUCAGCUGGAAGCCCUGUGGAAUAAACGAUCUCCUCCAAGAAGACGAGUAAAUGCGUCACUCUCACGACAGAGUUCCCUGGUAGAAGACCGCAUUGAAUCGUCCGAUGAGGAUGAGUUUCUUGAGGAACGCGCAGACGUUCUAGCGGACUAAGUGUUGAAAUAGCAAUUAAGACCGAUUCAUUAAAUCAAUUUCACAAGUUUUAUAGGUUCACCGAACGAGAACAUUUCAAACAUUCCAGCAAGUUCUAUCUCUGAAACGGCUGCAGUGCUGCUUGUCGUCAAAUGCUGAAAGUUCGAUCGAAAAGCUUUCUCCCAUUAUGGCCAUCUCUGAAUAGUGCAUAUCAUUUCUUUAGCAUGUCUGUAUGUACGUGAGCUUUCCUUUUUCGGACGCAGCCGCAGCAGUUGAAAGCAUAAGCAUACUUCCCACCCACCCGAACAAAAGCACAUGUAGCAAACUACCCUCCCUGGAGAAAAAAAAACAGACUGGAACAUAACAGUUUUAAAGCAUCAAAUUGAAAUCACAAAAAUUGAAAAGCUCACAAAAAGGCCGUGAAAUUAUGUACACUAUUGGAAAUAUAUAAGGACAUUGUUUUGUGAUGACGAAUUCGAUUGGAUCCGUUUCGGUUUUUCCUUUCCAUUUUACUAUAGCUUCCUUCUCUCUAGUGUGCUUAAGUGAUAGGCGUUAAGGAUCGGUGGAUUUUAAUACGUAAGUGACAGUGGAAUGGGAUGCUUAUUUGGGGACGGAAUAUAUGAAUAGCUAAUAUCCUACUGGAAGUGUUCAGGAAAUAUACAAAAAUGAUGUGACGAAAAAAAAAAUCGGUGGUAUACAUAUAUGCUCAGUUGGUUUAUAUAACUUUAAAUCUAAAUGCACAUUUUCAACAGUUGCCAAAAAGUACUAAAUAUGGACAGGUCAAAUGUUUUUAAUAUUUAGCGAAUUAUAUGUAUAUUUUUUUUAUUUUAUUUGUCGCUAGUUAUUUUUAAUUUUUCAUUCAAAUAAUUUUGUAGAGCAAAUUUUAAAAUGCAUUGGAGUCCGCAAAAGUAAAUCAAAACUUCAAUGUAUGAUUAAAUCUGAACUAUUUUUUUACUAACUUGAAUUCUGAGAAAAAUAUUCAAAUUCGUAUUCAGGGAAGAAAAGUCAGUCAAUUUCAGAAUGAUGCCAAGGUGGAUCUGGUUCCUCAAUAUUGAACAAUAUACCUCGUGGUUUGCAAAAUUUGAGUGCAUUUAUUGACCGUUGCAAAUUAAAAGAGAUUGAACCGUUUCAUACAUCCAACGCGUGUCAGCGGAGCUUUUAUUGCUGAGUAUCACAAGAAGCUGAACCAGCACCUCAACAAUCUUGGAAAAGCAGUGCUGCAAAACUUCAUUGUCAAUACCUACAAAAUGCUGAAUUUCACAAGCCACCUGAUGUUAGUAUCAGUUCACACAGUUAGAAUACUAAUAUCAUUCGCCUCAAUGUCAGUCAGCAAUUGACAUUGACAUCGUUAAAGGACCACUGAUAUUUUAAGCUCUACCGUAAUUUUAUCUUAUAUACAAUGCUGAUAAAAACCAUUUCUUCUACACUCAACUUAGCUGAAAAUGAAGACAACCUUAACAGAUAGACCAACUACCUGAUUGAAUUUGAAUUUGGACAUAACAACAUUCUCUUGAUCAAGGCAACCUCUGAGUAUCGAAGUCAACAUUUUUCACUCGUGGCUGGAUUUUCAUUAUCGCUUCUGUUGUUGUCAAUAUUAAUAUUCGUCUUCAUCAUGGUGGGGAUGAUUUUGAGGAUCAAAUGCAAAAUGAUUAUUUUCAUUUUACACAAAUGUAGCGCUGAAGAACGUAUCGUGUUGGUUUUUACACACAGAUCGAUAGCAAAUUAUU